AGGAGCGUCUGGAAGCUUGGAGCCACACCGAACUCAGCCUCAAGGACAACAACACAGCCCCUGUCCUUCCACUCCGCCGUCUGCGUGACCACCUGCACCACCGCCACCGCCGCCUCCUCCUCUCUCCACCGCCAUGAAAAUGCCCCGCACGCUGAGCCCCGCCCUGGUCCUCCUCGCCGCCCUCGUUGCAGUCACCGCAGCGCAGGGUUUCUACUCCCAGCGGUACGGCAAGCGCGGCGCCGACACCAGGCAGGUCACAGAAAGAUCCGGCUUCUAUGCUAACCGGUACGGACGUUCUCAAGGGGUUCCGGAGAUCAAGGUCAGGUCCUCCCGGUUCGUUGGCGGCUCCAGGUACGGCAAGAGAUCCGGCGUCCCUGCCCUGAGCGAGGUUCCUGUUCCCGUGGGCGUUGAGAGCGAGGAGGGAGAGCUUGGGGCGCCGCUUCUGGUCGGGGAGUCCGUCGUCUGCCUCCUGGUCGACGUGCCUGACCUCUACCGUUGUCUGAAAAAACCAGCGUCCGAGGAAUCCACCAACUAAACCGUGACGAGAGACUUCAACAAACAGAGGAGGGGCAGCAGGAACUAGAGGAGGAGGAGAAGAGCGAUAAGGACAAGGAUGACCAGGAGACGGAGGAGGAGCACUGCGCCUUUUGAUUCUUGGGAGUGACGAAGUAGCCCGCUCGACAGCCCCACCACGCCACAUGCUCGCCCUAACCACAAACUAUCUUUCCCGAGUGUCCAUAUACACAUCCAUCAAGCUUUCUAAUUACAAAGAACGAUAAAAGUCUAGGGUCAAAUUUCUCUUAAUCUAUCCAUGACGACCAAGCAUUCCCAGGGUCAACCUAUACUUUGUCUCGAGGCAGAAAUUAAAAGAGAAGCUAAAUUUUAAAGAAUUCAAGCUGAGGGAGAGAAAGAAGGCACUGUAUCAAGUUUAUAAGGUGUAAAUAUUUAUAUAUGUACUUAAAACGACGGAGAUCAUUGCCAAAUUAAAAGUUCCUGACCCCUA